AUGGACAAUACAGAAGACUAUAUAUUUAAAUUUCAAGGUUAUAAUUUUCAACGGUCUUUACUUAAUCUUGAACUAAUAAAUAACCUAGAUGAUUUUGAAAUUAGAGAUGAUGAUGUCUUCAUUGUUACAUAUCCAAAAUCUGGUACCAUCUGGACUCAGCACAUAUUAACCUUGAUUUAUUUUGAGAAAUAUCGCAAUAGAACAGAAAAUAUGACUGUAAAUUAUAGAACCCCCUACUUUGAAUACAAAAAAACGAAAAUAGACUUUCUCAACAGACCUUCCCCUCGGCUUUUUUGUUCCCACCUGCCUUAUUAUUUAGUACCAAAAGGUCUCAAGAGCAAAAAAGCUAAAAUUAUAUAUAUCUACAGAAACCCGAAAGAUGUUUUGAUCUCAUAUUAUCAUUUUUCAAAUUUUUUUUCUGGAUUUGAACCCUCACAAAGCAUAGAAUGUUUCAUAGAAAGAUUCCUGGAUGGAAAAGUGGUAGGAAGUCUUUGGUUCGACCACAUCAGAGGCUGGUAUGAGCACAGACAUGAUUUCAAUAUUCUCUUCGUGAUGUAUGAGGAGAUGAAAAAGGAUCUCAGAAGUUCUGUGCAAAAAAUCAGCAGAUUUCUGGAGAAAGAGCUCAGUGAAGAAGACUUAGAUGCUGUUGUGAACCAGGCUACAUUUGAAAACAUGAAGACUAAUCCAUUAGUAAAUCAUGAUGCUAUAGCAAAAUGUUAUAUUGGAAUCAGAACAGAUGGAAGUGUCCUGCGCAAAGGUACCAUUGGAGACUGGAAAAAUCACUUGACUGUGGAACAAAAUGAAAGAUUUGACAGAAUAUUCCAAAAGAGGAUGAAAGAUUUCCCCUUGAAGUUCAUCUGGGAUAUGGAUGAAAACUAG